AUUGUCAGAAGGGAAAUGGAAGAAAUCGGAAUAACUGUGACGACGGAGAAGGUGGAGGAGACAGCGGAUGUCAAAGUCCCUGUUCUCGGAGGGUUAACCGUUGUCAGUGAUGAAACCACAAAAGAUGACUACAACACAUACAAGCGCCUCCUUCAGAAUUUGGAGUACUUGCGCGUUCAGGAAGAUUACAUUAAAGAUGAACUUCAUAACUUGAAGAAGGAGUACAGACAUGCUCAGGAAGAGGUUAAACGGAUUCAGAGCGUCCCCUUGGUCAUUGGCCAGUUCCUAGAGGCAGUUGACCAGAAUACUGGAAUUGUGGGAUCAACUACAGGAUCAAACUACUAUGUCCGCAUUCUGUCCACUAUAGAUCGUGAACUGCUUAAACCCUCUGCUUCUGUGGCUCUUCACAAGCACAGUAAUGCCCUUGUGGAUGUGCUACCCCCUGAAGCUGAUUCCUCAAUUUCCAUGUUGCAAGCGGAUGAAAAGCCAGAUGUCUCAUACUCCGACAUUGGAGGCUUAGACAUGCAGAAACAGGAGAUUAGGGAGGCUGUUGAAUUGCCUCUGACUCACUUUGAUUUGUACAAGCAGAUUGGUAUUGACCCACCCAGAGGUGUGCUUAUGUUUGGACCACCAGGAUGUGGUAAGACCAUGCUUGCAAAGGCUGUGGCACAUCACACAACAGCUUCUUUCAUCCGCGUUGUGGGCUCAGAGUUUGUGCAGAAAUACUUAGGCGAAGGGCCCCGUAUGGUAAGAGAUGUUUUCCGAUUAGCCAGAGAAAAUGCUCCAGCUAUUAUUUUCAUUGAUGAAAUUGAUGCUAUUGCAACAAAACGAUUUGAUGCACAGACUGGUGCUGAUCGUGAGGUUCAGCGUAUUCUUCUAGAGCUGCUCAAUCAGAUGGAUGGCUUUGACCAGACUACAAAUGUUAAAGUUAUUAUGGCCACUAACCGUGCAGACACCCUAGAUCCUGCCCUCCUUCGCCCUGGACGUCUUGACAGAAAGAUUGAGUUCCCAUUGCCCGACCGUAGACAGAAGCGACUCAUCUUCUCCACUAUUACUGGUCGCAUGAAUUUAAGCGAGGAUGUGGACCUUGAAGAUUAUGUUGCUCGUCCCGAUCGUAUCUCUGGUGCUGACAUAAAUGCUAUUUGCCAAGAGGCUGGUAUGCAUGCUGUACGAGAGAACAGAUACAUUGUCUUGGCCAAGGACUUUGAAAAGGCUUAUAAAAACAAUGUUAAAAAGGAUGAGUCAGACCAUGAGUUCUAUAAAUAAGUUAGGUAUUACAGCACUUAACAGAUGACAAUACUAAUAUCUUACAGCACAUUAGAU